AUGAGCAGACAAGUGUGUAAGACACCAGGUCGGGGGAGCCAGGGCUUCUCUAGCUGGUCAGCUGUGGAGUUUGGCAGCAUUAGGAAGAACUAUACAGCUGGCUCUGGGGCAGCUAGUGUAAGGGCUUAUGGGAUCCGGAGCGGAGCACCUGCCUUUGGUAGUAGAAUCCUCUACGGCCUAGGUGGCAACAGGAAUCUCUCUAUUAGUGUGGCAGCUGGUGGCUCCCAGGCUGGUGGCUUUGGUGGAGUUCCAGAAAGCUAUGGCGCUGGCGCUGGGAAUGGCUUUGGUGGUGGCAGAGGAAUGGGAGGUGGCCUUGGGAGACCUGGUGUCUUUGGACCGGCUGGUGUCUUUGCGAGGCCUGGAAUCUUUGGCCCUGGGGGAAUCCAGGAAGUGACCAUCAGCAAGAGCCUCCUGCAGCCCCUCAAUGUGGAGACCGACCCCCAGGCUGUGGAAAUGAAGGUCCAAGAGUACCAAGUGAUCAAGGCCCUCAAUGACAGGCUCACCUCCUUCCUUGACAAGGUACGUUUCUUGGAACAACAUAACAAGGCCCUGGAGACCCCGUGGGAGCUCCUCCAGCAGCAGGGUCCCAGCUCCAUCACUAGCACCAGCAGCCUCGACUCUCAUUUUGAGAGCUUCAUCCGCUCUCUGCGCCGUGACUUGGAUGACAUCGCUUUGGAGAGAGGCCACCUGGGUUCAGCGCUGAGGGACGUGCAGAGCACGGUGGCAGACUACACCAAGAAAUAUGAGGAUGAAAUGAACCAACGAAAGGCUGCUGAGAAGGAGUUGGUGACUCUGAAGGAGAAUGUGGACUCUGCUCACCAGGCCAAGAUGAAGCUUCAGGCCAAUGUGUAUACUCUGAUAAAAGAAAUCAACUUCCUGAGGGAUCUCUUUGAGGAACCAUCCCAGUCCCAGGACCCUGUCAAUGACACAUCUGUGGUCCUCUCCAUGGACAACAACCGCAGCCCAGACAUGCACAGCAUCAUUUCUGGCAUCCGUACCCAGUUUGAAGAGAUAGCUCAGAGGGACAAGGUGGAGGCUGAGUUGCUGUACCAGACCAAGUUGGGGGAGCUCCAGACCACAGCUGGCAGACAUGCAAAUGACCUGAGGAGCAUCAAGGGCCAGAUGACAGACAUCAACAGGAUUAUCCAGAGGUUGCAGGCAGAGGUGGAGAACGCCAAGUAUCAGAACGAAAAGCUGAAUAAUUCCCUCACAAAAGCUAAGCAGCAUGGUGAGACAGCCAUCAGGGAUGCCAAUACCAAGCUUCAAGACUCACAGGCUGCCCUGAAGAAGGGCAAAGAUGACCUGGCUGGGCUGCAGAGAGGCUACAAUGAACUGUUGGAUAUCACACAAAACUCGGCUAGGGAGAUUGCUGCCUACCGCCAGCUGCUGGAGGGUGCCGAGUACAGGAUGUCCGGAGAGUACCAGAGUGCUGUCAGCAUCUCUGUGGUCAACAACAACAGCAGCAGCAGCAGCAGCAGCAGCAGCGCCUUGGCCUUGUCAAGUCGUUAUGGAAGUGGCUUUGGCGCUGGACAUGGCACAGGAAGUGACGUUCGCCUGGCAAGCAGCAGUGGCAGCAGAUUUGGCAGCAGGUUUGGUGGCAGUGGCUUUAGUGGUGGCAGCAGCUUUGGCCGUGGCUCCAGGGGCAGUCUUGGCGUCCGUGGUGGAGGCGUCAGCUCAAGCAACAGUGGAGGUGGCUGUGCCAGCCUCUCUCAGUCCUCCAGGCUCUACUGUAAAUAAAGAGCUUGCCAACAUCCCGGCCACCCCAGAACCUCUCUUCAUCUGCUCCCCCCACAAAUCUCAAGAGGGCAGUUUCCUGGGGCUGGAAGGCUAGCAGCCUUCGGCUCUUCCAUCAGAUCCCUGGUGGAGCCCAUGUGAAGAUUACAAGUGUUCGUCUCCCUGGAGCCAGCCUGUGCCUAUGAUUGUC